GAAUCACCGCUGUCGCUUUCCUAUUGCCGGCAUUCUUAAAGUGGACAUACUGGAGAAGGGUCACGUGGCGGCUGUUAAGCAGGACGUGGCGGACGUCAAGAAGAUGGUGCACCUGCUCUGCGGGAAGCACGGCAUUUUCAACGUCUAAGUGAGAAGGCUGCGUUAUGCAUACGCUAACUUCUUGUGAUGUGUAGGUCAAAGCAACGAUGCCUUGUCAGACUGACACAGGAAAGAUGUGGCACGCGCUGCUACAGCAUGGUGUACGGCUCCACCUUCCUGCCCGACGACCGUGUGGAGGACGUGGCGGUCUCGGCUGCCAGCAGGGUGGUCAAGCGGGAGCCGCGCAUCGGCCACAAGAUUGCCUGCUCCCAGCGCGUCGCCAACAAGGUGGUGCGCCUGCGCGAGGCGUCGGGUGGCAGGCAGGGGCGGCGCUCGCACGGGCGCACGCCAUCAGUGGGAGCGGAGCAGGCUGGGCGUUGGGGGUGGUCGUGGUGCCGGGGCGGGGCGGGCGCCAAGUCAGCAAUGCGGCCGUUUGAGGAGCUGUCGGCGCUGGUGGCGGUGCUGGCGGGCGCGUGGGGGGCCGCUUCCGGCAAGGAGUGGCAGAUGGGCCGCCUGCCUGAGGGGCUGAUGCAGCACAUGGUGGUCGUGGCGUCCGCGUACGAGCACAACGGAGCAGCGGGGCUGGUCGGCGUACCUCCUGGUUGGCGGCCGUGUUGUGCUGGUGGGACCGUCGGGCGCGCCGCAGGGGGCCGCUCGCGCCGCGCGUGGGUAAGGUAGGGCUGUACCACCAGUGGCCAGUGGCAGCGCCGAUCUGUAGGUGAUGGCCAUUGCAUGGUGCGUGUGGCUUGAGAUGAUGACGCACGGUUGGCUGGGGCCAGGGGCAGGGUUAUGAGGACGUGGUGAGCGGCGCGUGGUGGCAGGCUGCAGGCCUGCGGUCCCACCGUUUUAGUCCAUGUAAUGAGGCGGCGGCCACUGCUUCAUUCCGUGUGAGAAUGCUGGGGGGCUGGGUAGCAGGCGGCGAUGCGGGUGCCAGCAGCAGCCAGGAAGCUUUCACACAUUGGGGGUGAUUGGGGGAUGUGCAUUACAGGCGGCAAGCAGGGUGACGCCAUUAGUGCUGCAAGGGCCGGCCACAGUCAAGUUCUCAAAGUGCCGUCCAGGCAAGUGAAGGCCCGCGACAUCCAGCUGCAUCCUGCUUAACGUCAACACGCGAAUGCCUUCUCUUGCACCCUGGUUUUGCACUCGUGAGAGCCUUCCGAAAGUAUCGAGUUCAAGCACGCCACCGCAACCGUAUCUAACCUUGUUCCACCAGCGGUUGUGUGCCUGCCUCUGGCAACCGGCUGGGUCCAUGCAUUCUAAACUGCGUUCUGAAAGGAAGGCACGCGCACCACUGCAACACAUAUGAUACAAGUACUGAGCACGUCAACAGAUGAUGAAACAAUGAGCGAAGCAUUGAUGCGUUGGGUGUGCCCCAAUAGCGGCCUGGCAAUAAUACAGGAAACACAGAAAGGCUAAGCUAGUCCAGGGCGACAAUGGUCAUAUCCGUUGGUUGCGGUUGCCCUGGUGGCCGCCGUUGGGCCCGCUGUCGCCCACUCGCCCCCAUCAACACGGCCGCGGCGGCGGCUGCAAAAGCUGCAGCCUGCUCAGCGCGCAGCUUCUCCGCCAGCGCAUCAAUCUCCACGAAUCCGGGGAGGCGCACCGGGGUGAACAAGUCUGGCCGGAGCGGGCCGGCCAGGCGCAGCAGCCUCCGCUCUGUCACGCGUGAGAGCAUCCCGUACAGCUGGCCGGGCGUAAACACGCUGCGGGCGUGGAUGAUCCACGGAGAACGCUUUCUGUUCUCCGCGAGUUGCCAGGUCCUGGCUGAGGACAUACUUUGUAG